GCUUUCGCGUACUUAAUCUGUGGCAAAGGUGGCACUAUCAAGUGUUCUUCUGAUUGUUUAGUAUUCUGUGGUCCAAUUUUCAUUAUGUCGUUAUGUGUAUUUUUCUCUAGAGCUAAAAAUCGAGUUAAGCUAUUUAAUGUGAGAAAUGAAAUUUCGAACUAUUUUUUAUGUCGAUAUAUCCGUCAUUUGUCGACUGAAGAAAACGAAGGAAACGUUAAAAGAAAGUCAGAUCAGGCUACUUUGAUUACUCUGAUAAGAAAUAAGCAACAGUCAGUCACCACUUUAGAAGAAGCUGAAAAAUUAUCCAAGAGAAGAGACCUUAUACUGGUUAAAGUUAUUGACUUAGAUACAAAAACUCAAAGACCUAUCUAUAAACUAAUUACACUCAGAGAAUAUCAAAAUGAAGAUCAUAAAUGCAAAGAAUGUAGAACAAAGAAUCAAAAUUGCCUUAAAGGAGAGAAAGUUCUUUUGAUUAGCCCAAAUAUUGAUAAGAAUGACCUAAAAACCCAAAUAAGAAGAAUCAAUAAGUGGAUUGAUAAGUUUUAUGAAGUUAAAAUAGUAGUGACGGGAGACAAUGUUGAGACAGACAAAGCUCCAAGUGUAAAGAUGGAUCUAGUGAUGGUUGAACUUGGUUGCAAUAUAUUCAUACAUGAAUGGAGUCAUGUUAUACACAGUAGACAAUAUAAGUAAACAGUGUAUGUUUUUUGAAUGGGACAAGCCAAGACGUCUGUGAAAAGAACCAGAGGUAACACCCGAUCUAGAAUCUGAUCAUUCACAUCUCAAAAUAACUUUCGACAUUGGAGAAAAUGACAAGCAGAAGAAAACUUCCAACAAACUGAUAUGGAGAAAGCGAAUGACUACAUGAUGCGGUACAUAUAUACUUUGGAAGAUGAAAACAACCAUCAACAAAUAAUAGACUUUUGUAAUGAAUUGUCGGAAACAUUUAUAGAAUAUACACAAAAUAAAUAUAAUUUCUGUACACAUGAA